AUGGGCCAGAUCCAGGUCCACUACGAGGGCUUCGACAGCAGGCACGACGAGUGGCUGCCGAAGGACUCGACGCGGAUCGUGACUGUAGUCGAGCCCGCAGAGAAGGAUGGCCUUGCCUUGGGUGACCCGUCUCGCCCAGGUGCAAGCAGUAAGGAGGAGCUCUUGGUCGAGGUCCCCCUCCGAAGAGCAUCAGACUCUCCCGCAGCGCUGGCUGGCGCGGCCCCAGAAGAGCCUGACGCAGGUCCUGGCGAGCCCCGCCAGUACAUGGCUACAGAUACGAAGACUGUACCAGCACAAGAUUGCACCGCCAGCCCUGAUACUCAGAUGCCCUUUACUGUCAACUCAGACGCAGCAGCAGCAGCACCUGGAGUCAUCGGGCCCCCUGCCGCGCCCCGUGACGGACUGAGCCGCGGAGCGAGAGUCACGGUGCUGAGCAAGACCGGGAAGGAGAGAGCGUGCACGAUCGCAGAGGUCCUCAUGGGCCAGGUCCAGGUCCACUACGAGGGCUUCGACAGCAGGCACGACGAGUGGCUGCCGAGGGACUCGACGCGGAUCGUGGCGGUAGUCGAGCCCGCAGAGAAGGAUGGCCUUGCCUUGGGUGACCCGUCGAGCCCAUGUGCAAGCAGUAAGGAGGAGCUCUUGGUCGAGGUCCCUCUCCGAAGAGCAUCAGACUCUCCCGCAGCGCUGGCUGGCGCGGCCCCAGAAGAGACUGCAGUCGAGGCCGCCGGUGACCGUGAUGGCGCUGGGCUCGAGCCGUCGAGCCAGCAGGCCAGCAGGGAGGAGGAUCGGAGACUUUCACGAUCUUGGCCGAGGGCCCACGCCUGGAAGGAUGUGGCGCUCCAUCGGCAGCUCAGGGGCACGACUGCUCGCAGCCAGAGGAGGCUCCAUCGGAUACGGCGUCACAUGCGCGGGGCUGCCCCGAAGCUGCCGACGAGGGUGCCACGCAGGACCGAGAUCGCGCUGGGGGCGAUGUGCGCGGAGCUCGCGGGCGAGGUGGACCAGCUGCGCGUCCAGGAGAUCGCGGUGGAGGUUCGUCGCAGGGCGAGCCCGAGGAGGACUACGCCGAAAAGUUCGUGGACGACUUCGAGACAGAGAGCUCGUGCUCUGACAGCCAGGGCUCCUCUGACUCGGCGUAGACAGGCUGACGGCCAGUAG